AAAUCAAUUGUAAUCCUGCGGCUAUUUAAUCAGCGAAGCUCCUGAUAAAAUAUAUCAAACGCUCAAAGUUAAAGCUACCGUAUCUACUAAACCGACGCCACUAGGGCGGCACGGUGGCCCAGACUGCGGCGCCUCACCAACCAGCAAGGCAACAAAGCAACGAGCCGGCCAUGUCGUCCUCCUCCUUCCAGGGUCCCAGCAGCGCCGCCGCGCCCGCGGACGCGUCCGACGCCGCCGCUGCCAUGGGCAACUACAUGGUGUGCGACACGGUGGUGCUCGUCUGCCUGGCCUGCGCCUCGGGCCUCAUCGUGCUCGCGGCGGCCGUCUGCUUCCGGCGCGCCUUCGCCAACGGCUACGCGGCCGCGGCCGUGGGCGAGAACAGCGAUGUGGCCGUUGCCAACGGUGGCCGGUGCGGGCUGGCGCCGUCCGCGCUUGCGGCGAUCCCGAAGCUCGCGUACCGGAGAAGCGCCGUCGCCGGCGCCGGGUGGUUGCAGUGCGCGAUCUGCCUCGCCGUGGUGCGGGACGGCGAGGCGGUGCGGCUGCUGCCGGCGUGCGGGCACCAGUUCCACGUCGAGUGCAUCGACCUGUGGCUGCGGUCGCACGCCACGUGCCCGCUCUGCCGGCGCGACGUCAGCGAGGCGGCUGCGGACAAAGUUUGAGCUCGCCGCCGACCGGACCAGGGUGAUACGCCACUUGCUCAGCUUGUUCCCCGCCGUGAUAUAUGCACAUCUCAAGAACUGUACAUGCUAGGUAGAGUUCCAUUUUGACGCUAGAAACGAUUUUUUAGCCAUCUGAUGAGGAAAUUCUCAUCUCAUCUGUCUAUGACACACUUGGUUUUGCAUAUUUUUAUAAUAUGCAAUCAUGUAUGCAAGAUGCACAUUGAAAGUUUUGCAUAUUUUUAUAAUAUGCAAUCAUGUAUGCAAGAUGCACAUUGAAAUACUAAACAUGUCUAGAUCAGGGGAGCCUUGCAAGGAACUCUGAUAAGGAUUUGGAUUAGAUUGUAGUGUAUAAAAUAUAUAGGAUGAUUCCAUCUAGGUAAUGAAAUGUGUCGCAAGAUUGGUCAAUUUUGCAAGGAUAUUAUAACGAUUUAUAUCAGAAAGGAUAUUGUAAGAACAAAAUAUAGUUUACUUGGCCAUCCUGAUUUUGACGGUAGCCAAUGUGCAAUAAAAUGUGAGA